GAGACCUACAAUUUAUUUCUGUAAAAAUGUCUAAAAACACUAUAGUAAAAUCUAAGGUGAUUAAUUGCUCUGACGAGAACACGCCUAAUGAUGAACUUGUCAAGAGUCCGCAGCGUUGUGACUACCAGCAGGAAAUAAGCUGUCUGGUGUGUCUCUUGAGUCUUUGGGCAUAUGCUGCCAUCCUCUACCAUGGGAUCAGAAGGAUCAUACAGAGAUGGCUUUCCCUUGCUAUGACUAUGGUGACCAAUGUUCUCAAUAAGAGGGUGACACCAAAAGCAAUGGGCGAAAGGCUGCAGGCUGUGUCCAACAGUCUAUGGGUCACAAAGGGCCGUGAGGUAACCAUAGUCCCACCUCAGGUUCCUCUCCCCAGUCCUGUCACAGCCAGUCAGAGGGCAGCAGCUCUCAACUGCCUUAAAGAACUAGUGCGAUUGUACUGCUGUUCUAUGGGCCAAGGGACUGGACAUGGUGUGUGUGAAUGGAGGAUCUCCACUGCUGUUAAGAUGACUCUAAGAAAUGCCGGCAUGUUGCCUAACAGCAUUUUCCACAACGGUUGGAUGAAAGUAUCCAUCUCAGACCAGCUCCUUCCAUUGACCCUAGGUGAGUCCACCAAGCUGGAACAAUCUGUGCCACCGUUGGCAUGUCUUUUCCCUAGAGAAGCUGCCAUGAUGAGUGCUAAACCCAACCGUGACCAACAGCUCAGAAAGAAAAGCCCAUAUCACAAACAGCGUCAGGCUUCCUCCACACUCUGCAUGGUCCCAGAGAUGCUCCUUAUCCACACACUUGGCAGAUUUAUUUAUAAUAUCUACCCCCUGGAGGACUUCUCCCCAUGGACCGAGGAGGUUAUUGAAAACCGUGUGGAGGUGACAUGGCAACUUUCCUUCCUGGUCCAGAAGGCCUUGGCCAGAACUAUUAAGACCAAAGCCCUACAAAGAGCACUUAGGAAACUCUCAGAACCAAACCAAAACUAUGGCCCACUGGAGCUCCAGUUGGGAGAUCUGCUAUUCACCAACUUUCAGAAGGAGUUCUCAUCACAGCGCCCACUGUCACCAGAGGCCUUCCUGGAGGAUCGCCAGCUUUGCUUGGAAGUGUCAGUUAUGGUGAGCAGGGUGCUUCUCCAGCACUGGACCCCCAGGAUUUCUUUCUCCCCUGUCUGUGAGGUGCAGGAAAUCAGCCCGAGACUGAAGCGUUGCCAGGGGGGUGUCAUCCAACACUGGUCCUCAACAGACCACCUCCUAGUGCUUGCUGAUGAAAGUGAUGAGGAUCUCCACUCUGUGGAUGACAGAAAACAGGAGAAGAAAGGAGUGAAGAGUUUCUUCCGCAGAGCUUGGAAGUCCUUCAAGCGAUUCACUACCCCUGGCUGCCUGUUAUGAGGUCUUGUCUCUCCCCUGUCUUUCUGUCCAGGUUUUCCCUGUGUCUGCCCUGUCUCUUUACGUUUCCCUCCGUACACUUUGUGUUCAUAUGCUCUGUUAAGAGUUUGGUCUUGUCUUCAGUCCUUCCUUAUGAUCCAUGUUCCCGGGUUCCGGUCCAUGUUUUCCGUAUGUCUGUGUUGGUUUUUGUUUUCUUUUUAUUCCAGUUUUUAUGAUUUAGUUCCAUUGUCAUUGGUCUUCAUUAUUUUCACCUGCUCCUUGUUAGCCCCACCCUGUAUGUCAGCUCUUGUGUUCAGUCUGUUUGCAUGUACUUGUCACUAUGUCAAUCGGCCUACCCAAUGUUAUAUGGUUUAUUUGGUCCUGUGUCCAACCGCAUUUCCUUUGUAAGUUUUGUCUUUCCUUCUAAGUUUGUGUUCCUGCUGUCCUGCUAUUUGUCCUGCCUGCUCUUUUUUCUUUGUCCUGCCCACCUGUCUUUUGGCGUCAUCCUGCCCACCUGCCUGCCAUCGUUUUGGAUUAUUUUCUGUCUAGUUUCCUAAGUUUAGUUCUUGGUAUUUUUGCCUCAGUGUGUUCUUUUGUUUUGGCUGUUUGUUUGCCAAACCUGAGCCUGUGAAGCCCGGCGUCCACGACCCUGAGCCUGUGAAGCCCGGCGUCCCGGAAAGUGACCCGUUUCCGUCCAGCGUCCCUGAACCCGAGCCGUUCCUGUCCGGCAUCCCACCUAGGACCCUGUCAACUCCGCCCAGUCUCCAGCCUGCUGCACUUCCCGGGACCUUGCCCAAGCUCCCUUUGUCUCUGCAUCUGUGUCUUCCCCAAUUUCCUUUUUCGUGUCCUCUUCCAUCAGUCUCCUUGUCUGCUCCAGGCCCCUUCUGCUCGUUGUUCCCUCCGGGGAUUUUGGGUCUUGUCCAUGUGGUUGAUGUGGUCUUCUGGUCCCUCUUGUCUCCCUUUCUAUUCCCAUUUAGAGGGGUGGUACUGUAAGGUCUCGUCUCUCUUGUCCUGCCUGCUUGUUUUUCUUUGUCCUGCCCACCUGCAUUUUGGCCUCAUCCUGCCUAUUGUUGCUUCUGCCAGCCUGCCAUAGUUUUGGGUUCUUUUCUGUUUUUGCCUCAGUGUGUUUUGUGUUUUGGCCGUUUGUUUGCCAACCUUUUGUUUAAUUGUUUAUACCUUGUUUGUGGGCUGCCUGCCUGUUUGCAAAAUAAAAGAAAGGGAAAAUGAAGUGAAAGAAUAAAAAUAC